AAAAAAUUCUGCCACACCAUUAAUAAAUUAAGCAAAAUAACAUCAAUGAAUUAAAUAAAAAAAACACUGCCAGAUCAAUAACUUAAGCAAAAAAAAAUACAACCACUGAACCAUGUGCCACUGUGUUGCUCCUACUUCCUCCAAUUAUUUAUUCAUCGAGAAAGAUCCAAAGUUGCAAGGUGGUGGCUUUCAAGUUGUAUAGAAUCCACUACACACCAAAAAACAUCUCCCAAAUCUCAAUAUUUUCUGAUUCUGAAUGAACUACAUAGCCGCAGUUGGAUACAAACGGAGGGAAGGACGAGUUCUGGAGUUUGGAGCUUCCGCGGAUGAGCUUUACGAUCUAAAAAACGACGACAUUUUGAUAAUAACAAUUGAAUUUUUUGGGUGUUCACAUGAAUACCCUUGAACAGCACCAGCUCCGCCACUGACCCAUACAAAUGGUCUAACCUGUAAUGAAAAUUUUUCUCUCUCCAGGAAAACUGGAACUGCCCUAGUUGCUGCCCUGGAUGGAACAAUUCAUCUGUUUGACCUGAGCACCAAAAGGCCACUCUGGUCAUUUACAUCUGGUUCGCCAAUUUAUUGUGCAUAUCAGGCUCAUAAUGACAAGGAAAGUACGUCUGACAUAAGCAAUGGUUAUUUCAUUGAUAUUGGAACCGAGGAUGACUGGGAACUUUAUGCACACAACGGACCGGAGAAACUGAAACUCAAAAAGAGCAUUGAAGCUUAUGUUAGUGCAACACCUCAAGUAGCAGAAGAUGGAGGAGUUGUUUUGGGGUCUAGAAGAAGUAGUGUAUUCCAAGUUGAAGCAAAAACUGGAAGCCGAAUUUCCACAUAUACAAUGCUGCCUGAUUACCCAGCAAAUAGUGGCAGAUCUGUGAAUCUGAAAUCAGCACUUUAUAUUACAAGGACUGAUUAUUCUUUGACGUCAUUUGCUCUAAACUCAAAUAAAGUUGUGUGGAAUGUGUCAGUUGCUGAAAUUGGGGCAGCUUUUCUUUGCCAAGGUUUUGAUGACCCGACUGAUUUCAACAUGCCAUUGCCAUGCAACUCAUGGGCUCCAGUUCAUCGCUUUCGUGGUCACAAUUUACUAGAAUGUCUGUCCACUCCCAAUUGCUUGCUUAAUGUCAUUCUUUUAUCUUCACAUUACACCGACAAAUAUUCAAACAAUCAUCGUGAAGAUGGACCAAGGAUCAAAGGCAUUAGCCAACUUAUCAAUAAUGGAAGAUUCAGCGUGUUCGUUUUAAUUGUUUUUGCUGCUAUGCUUGUGGGAACCAUUUUCCAGCAUUAUAUACUUGGACACACCAUUAGCUUAUGGGGGGAAACUGCACCUCCCAAAAAGAAGAAAUCAAACAAGUCUGCAAAGAUUGAAGGAAAUGGAGGGGAAAAGGAUGCAGCAGACAUUGAGACUGGUAACAAAAUGUUGUUAAACCUCAACCAUCCAACUUCACACAAUGCAGAUGGCCGGACAAUUGGUAAAUUAUUUGUCUUCUUCGAUAAGGAGAUUGGUAAAGGAAGCAAUGGGACGAUUGUUCUCGAGGGCAUCUAUCAAGGCCGUCCAGUUGCUGUGAAGCGUCUAGUGAGGGCCCAUCAUGAUAUUGCUUUUAAAGAAAUGCAGAAUCUGAUUGCAUCCGAUCAACAUCCAAAUAUUGUUCGAUGGUACGGAGUGGAGCAAGACCAAGAUUUUGUUUAUAUGGCAUUGGAGCGCUGCAUUUGCAGUUUGGAUGACCUUAUCCAGAUCUGCUCGCUCUCUUCACAAAAUAGUAAUAAUGAUACUAAAAGGAUUGUGGAUCCUGAAUCUAUGCAGUAUAGGAUUCGCUUGGAUUCUUUGAAACUUGAUAUGCAGGGUAUAAAGUUGUGCAAGGAAAACGGCUAUCCUUCGGCGACAUUACUCAAGCUGAUGAGGGAUGUGGUCUGUGGGCUGAUCCAUCUACACGAGUUAGGAAUUAUUCAUCGAGAUCUAAAGCCCCAAAAUGUCUUGAUAACUAAGGAAAGAGUAUUGUGUGCUAAAGUAUCAGAUAUGGGUAUAAGCAAACGCCUUAUUGGGGAUAUGUCUUCUUUAGGUCAUCAUGCAACAGGUUACGGAAGUUCAGGAUGGCAAGCUCCAGAACUGCUUCUUCAAGGGCGUCAAACACGUGCAUUAGAUUUAUUUAGUUUGGGCUGUGUUCUGUUUCAUUGUAUAACUGGUGGUUGUCAUCCCUUUGGCAACCCCCUGGAACGUGAUAUCAAUAUUACCAAGAACAGAAUUGACCUAUUUUUGGUUAAUCAUAUGCCAGAAGCGGUGGAACUCCUCUCUGGCUUAUUAGAUCCCAAUGCUGAGAUGAGGCCAAAUGCGGGAGAGGUUCUUGCUCAUCCUUUCUUUUGGACAUCCGAGACGCGAUUGGCAUUCCUUCGUGACACUAGCGAUAGGGUAGAAGUAGAAGAUAGGGAUAGUGGUUCGGUUUUAUUAAAAGCACUGGAAUUGGAAGGGACAUCUGUGUGUGCAUGGGAUUCAAAGCUGGACCCCGCACUCCUCCAUGACAUAGCCCGUUACAGGCGUUAUCAGUUCCACAGUGUCCGUGACUUGCUCAGGCUCAUACGUAACAAGUCCAAUCAUUACAGACAGCUUCCAACUGAAGUUCAGGAACUUUUAGGGCCAUUGCCGGAAGGAUUUGAUGCCUAUUUCACAAGCCGAUUUCCUCGACUGCUUAUUCAGGUUUACAAAGUUGUGUCCUCACACUGUAGGAAAGAAGAGUUCUUCCAUAAAUACUUCUCAAACUCUACACUGUAAUAUUUUAUCUUUCGACUUAUAUAACUACGCUUUGAUACAUACUUGUUUGAUACCUCUAGUGUUUCGUGUACAUACACAUCCCCGUUAAAUGUUUAUCCUGAUUAAACACCAUUGAUUUUCACUUACUGGGCUGAAAUGGAUUAUAGAACCUUCCUUUAAUAUUCACAUUUCAACCAA